AAAAACAAAUAUCAAAACUUCCGAAAAGUAAAAAAGUGGUGAAAAGAAAAACAGAUGAGAAGCAUUGCUACACAAGGAGAACCAUCAUCAUCAUCAGCAAAAGAAAUAUCCUAUGUAGAAAAACAUGGGGCCGCAAAAAGAACAAGGGUGUUGAGAAUCACAGGAAGAACCUUAUUGGGUUUAAUGAUUCUCGUUGCUAUCGCAAUGAUUAUAUGUUGGCUUAUUGUGUUUCCCAGAAACCCAGAUCUCAUUGUGGAAACUGGCAAAGUUAUACCCCAUAGUUUAACUGAUAGAAAGUUGAAUGCUACCAUAGCUUUUACUGUUACAAGCUAUAACCCUAACAAAAAAGCCUCCAUUCGUAUGGAUUCUAUGAGAAUGAUAGUUACUGAUAUGGGGUUGUCGUUUUGGUCCGACAUCCCUAGCUUCACCCAGCCACCGAAAAACAAAACCGUCUUGAACUCCACCAUCCAAGGCAACUUCAUAUACCCAUUUGGGCACAUGAAAGAAUUGGUGAAGUUGGAGGGGAUCAGUCCGGAUCUUCGCUUCUCGGCUAAAGUCAGUUACAUUAUGGAGAGAUGGACAUCGAGAGGUCGAUUGUUGGAGGUCUACUGUGAUAGCCUUAGGCUUAAGUUCAAUGAUUCUACAGUUUUUGAUAACAAAAAAUGCAAAGUUGAUCUAUAAAUUUUCAUCUUGUUGUCUUCUUCUUGCUCAAUAAUGAUCCCAAAGAUCUGUAACUCAAAAUUUAAAUUGUGUUAUUUUUAUGAAUAGAGAGAGUUGAUCUUGUAAUUA